AUGUCGUCGUUAUCAUUAUCAAAGCUUCCACCAAAAUCAUCUUUUUAUUCACAUUCGUCAUCAUCAUCAUCAUCAUCAUCUUCUUCUCCUGUAUUCAAAUCAAAGUUUAUUUGGCGGUUUCCUCCGCCGAAAUUUGAUAAUUUACCUAGUUGCAUUUCAAAACAAUCAUCAACAAUUGCUAUUCAACCAUUAAAUAUUGACGAUGAACUUAUUAAACGACAAGAAUUAGCUAUUCUUAUUUAUGAUCUUGGUUUACAUCUUAAUGUGUCAUUUACUUGUAUUUAUACGGGUGUUGUUUAUAUGCAUCGAUUUUUUAUGUUACAUCCAUUUCAACAAUGUCUUAAAGAAUCAGUAGCAGCAGCAUGUCUUUUUCUUGCCUGUAAAGUCAAUGAAAUGCCACGACCAUUAAAUGAAUUUACUCGACAUUUAUGCCAACUUAUAAAUCAAGUACAUAAUAACAGUGAAGAUUUUUUAUCUACAUCUUCAUCAAUAACAACAGUGGGGAAUAUUACACCUGAAGUUCUUUCAAAUUAUAAUCAACAAAUAAUCGAUUAUGAAAAUAUGCUAUUAUCAACUCUUGGUUUUUGUCUUAAUGUUGAGCAACCAUACGUGAUUAUAACGAGAACUUCUCAAACAUUAUCAAUACCAAAGGAAAUAGCUCAAAAAGCAUGUGAAAUUGCUACAAAAUCUAUUUUUUUUACUCUUUUUACAAUGAAAUAUACAACCAAUUUAAUUGCCUGUUUUGCACUUUAUUUGGCUAUAAAAUCAUCUCAAAUAAAUAUACCGGAUAAUCAAGAUGGUAGCCAAUGGUUUCAUUUGCUUAAUGAAGAAUUUACUGAAAAAUUACUUCAAGAACUUGCCGACGAAUAUCAAUUAAUUUGUAUGGAAAAAUCUUCAAAAAAAUCUCAAGAACGUUUCGAACAAAUUCGACAACAAACAAAAAUCAAUUGUCAACAAUUCAAAUCAAGAUCAAAUUGUGAACAAUCAAAUUCAACAACAUCUCUUCAUGAUAAUGAGCAACAUCAUUAUCCAAUAGCAACAACUAGUGGUUCAGUACGAAGUACAACAUCUUCUUCAUCAUCAAUUCAACAACAACAACAAUCAAAUUUCACUGAAUAUGGAUCGAUUUCUACAUCAAUAGAAACUCAUCAUCAUACACCAAGUCAAUCAUCUUUAAUAAAUUUUUCUCAUAGUGAUUAUUCACCAUUGACUGGAGCAAUUGUUCAUUCACCAACAACAGUUUUUCAAUCAUCAUUUUCACCAAGACAUAAUCAAAAUAAUUUUAGUGGAAAAAAUUAUACAAAUAAUUCAUCGAUGAUUAUGUCAUCAGCUAAACCAAUUCCAACAUUAAUGACAUCAGUAACUUCAAAUUCAUAUCAUAAUUCUGCUAUUUCAAGUCAUCAUUCACGUUUUGCUGCUUCUACUUUCAAAUAUCCAUCUUCAUCUCCAACUCAACAUAUUUUUCGACCACCUCCACCACCAUUACAUGCUCAACAUUUUCAUCGUCAAUAUUCUUCAAAUUAUGUUAAUACUUCAUAUUAUCCUCAGCAACAAACGCCUCUUUUUUAUCAUCCUCAACAAGAUCCAUCGAAUAUAAUUAAUAAACGAUAUGGUGAACCUCCUGCACCACCUACGAAACGUUUUCGAUAUAAUAUAAAUACAUAUCAACAUUAUUAA